AUGAAAACAAAUGAAGGUGCAGCUGCGGCAGAGCAUAUUGAUGAGGAGAAAUGGGUGUAUGACUCUUCUGUUGAUUAUAAAGGAAGAAUUCCUCUUCGAGCUUCUACUGGUGCAUGGAAGGCUUCCCUCUUCAUUAUAGAAUUCAAACCCAAGAUCUGCAUUCAUCCAACAAGAUGAUGCAUCCACCGUAGAUCUUAAUGAUCGAAUGGCUGCAAAUGGUUCUCCGUUCUUCUUUUAUUUAGUGGUUCUUUCUUGAAUCUCUCUCCCUAUAUAUAUACAUGCAUUUAUUUUUGAGGAUUUGUCUAAGAGGUGGUCUUGGGUACAUCCGGGUUGACCCGUACUCAGAUCAUGACCCGUAUUCUGAUCAAAACCUGCAUCCUGACUCAAAUUGUGUAAAUGACACUAUUCGGUUAUACAAAUGACACUGCUUGUAAUUGACACUAUUAUGUUAUACAAGUGAAAUUGCGUAUAAAUGACACUAUAACAUUGUAAAUGACACUGUGUAUAAUUGACACUAUUCAGAAAUAUAAAUGACACUUCUUGUAAUUGACACUAUAAGAUUGUAAACGUCAUUAUAAUAUUUUAAAUAACACUAUAAGAUUGAAUAUGACACUAUAACAUUUUAAAAUGUUACAAUGUCAUUUAUAUAAUUGAAUAGUGUCAAUUAUAAGCAGUGUCAUUUGUAUAAUUGAAUAGUGUUAUUUAUACAGUUUGAGUCAAAAUGCGGAUUUGAAUUAAUAUGCGAGUCAGGAUUUGAGUACGGAUCAAUUCGAGUGUACGUACAUGAAAUUUUGUGUUCGUCUAAAUAUAUAAAAAAUUGUAUACUAAGAUGGACUGGAAUAGAAUAUCUCAAACUCUUAACAUUUGAAUUAAUUUUGCUUCAUUGAUAGUCAUAUCCUAUUAAAAGGUAGAAUUAAAGAGAAUAAAAUUAGUUAAUUAUGUAUUUUAUCGAUCAUUACAAAUGCACACGCCCCAUUAAGGUAUAAUCUCUUCUUUUUCGAAGAAUUUUAAAGUUUAUUCUUAAACUAAAGAAAGCAAUUAAUAAGUGGAGAAUGAGCAUAUAUGCUUUAAUAAUUUAAUUCCUUUUCCAAUUAGUUAAAUUAUGUUAUUCAUGCCCGAAUCUUUUGGCUUGACUAAGAGAAAGAUCUUAGAAUGCGACAUUAUUUUUAUUAAUAUUUUGUUCUCGCAUGAUAUUUUUACCGACAACAUAAAAAGUAGUUAUAAAGUAGAGAAUCUAAAAUCUGAAAGUGUGAUUGAUGUAAAUGACACAAUUAACCUUGAUAAGUGAUAACUUAGAAUAAAGCUAGGAAUACACUGCGAGGUUUAUAUACGCACGCAUGCUUAAAAAUAAUACUCUUUCUGUCUCACUUUUUAAAAAAAAAAAUUCUAUCAAUGAUACGAGACUUAGUAGCUAAUAUUCGUAUCAUAAAAAUUAAUAAUAUUUGAAAAUAUAAUUAUUAAUAAUUAACUAUAUCAUCACAUAUCACUAAUUUUUAUGACACACAUAAUAGCUAUUAAGUCUUAUGUUAUUAGUAGAAUUUUUUUUUGUAGUUAUUAUAAGUGGCUCAAAAUUUUUCGACACAAAAAUUAAUAAUAAGGUGUAAAUAAAUUAAAAGUGGUAGGACCUAUACUUUUUUAAGAGUUAAAAUUUUUCAUUUUAAAAAACGUGUCACUUCUAGUUGGACAUCCUAAUAUAAAAUACAUAUUAUUAUUAGUGAAACGGAAUGAGUAUUAGAUUAAUUAAAAAAGUGUUAAUAAUCCAUGCCUAACUAGUUUCCACGAACCCCUCCUUGUUUCAGUCGAAUCGAGUUAAUUAACUCGAUACGAUGGAACAUGAAAUUUUGGAUGGUUAAUCCAUAUGACAUGUUUUUUUUUUAAGCCAUAUAUGAGAUGUUGAGUAUUAAUUUCCAUAAAAUAACAAAAUUAGUUUUGAGAAACAGCAACGGAGUUUAGCGAGCGAUUGAGUUAUUUUGGGCUAGCUGUAAACUUGAUCAUGUACCUCACCACCGUACUUCACCAAGACCUCAAAACAGCAGCUAAGAGUUGUAACUAUUGGUCUGGUGUCACCACAAUCAUGCCCUUACUCGGAGGCUUCCUAGCCGAUGCUUACCUCGGCCGCUUCUCCACCGUCAUGCUUUCCUCCCUUAUCUAUAUAAUGGGCUUACUUCUCUUGACAAUGUCAAGAGUGGUCCCGGGGCUAAGGCCCUUGGACGCGGGGUCCGCUGGCGGAUCCCAUAGGGUCCACGAGGUUGUUUUCUUUCUCGCAAUGUAUUUGAUCUCCGUUGGUACCGGUGGGCAUAAGCCCUCGUUGGAGAGCUUCGGAGCCGAUCAGUUCGACGACGAUCAUCCGAUAGAAAAGAGGAAGAAGAUGUCGUUUUUCAAUUGGUGGUGUUUUGGGCUUUGCUGCGGGCUUUUACUUGGUGUCACGGUGAUUGUUUAUAUUCAAGAUCACGUAGGUUGGGCUGUAGCUGAUAUCAUUUUGACGACGGUGAUGGUCUCAACCACGGCCAUUAUUUGGAUCGGACGGCCGUUAUAUCGCUACCGAAAGCCAAUGGGAAGCCCCUUGACGCCGAUGAUGCAGGUGAUUGUAGCCGCAUUCGUGAAGAGGAGACUACCGUAUCCAGUAGAUUCUGACCAGUUGUAUGAGAUUCCUAAAUCGGAUAAGAAUCAAGGGGGUAGGCUUCUUCUUCACACCAACAAACUCAGGUUUCUGGACAAAGCGGCGAUCGUAGAAGACGAGGUGGUUUCGAAGGAGAAGGCGAAUCCAUGGCGUCUAGCAAGCGUAACAAAAGUGGAAGAGGUGAAGCUGAUCAUCAACAUGAUCCCGAUUUGGUUGACGACUCUACCCUUCGGCAUCUGCGUGGCCCAAUCCUCCACAUUCUUCAUCAAGCAGAGCACCACCCUCAACCGCGCCAUCGCCGGCGAUUUCACCAUCCCGCCGGCCUCCGUCUACGGCUUCGCGGCCGUCAGCCUCGUAGUCUCCAUCGCGAUCUACGACAGGAUCCUGGUCCCGUUCCUGCGCCGCGUCACCGGAGAUGAGCGGGGCAUCAACAUCCUGCAGAGGAUCGGCAUCGGCAUGGUGUUCUCCGUGGCCACCAUGGUGGUGGCCGCAUUGGUGGAGCGGAAGCGCCUCCGCGUGGUGGAAGCCAGUCCCGCCGGGAAUUCGCUGUCGAUGAGCGUGUUCUGGCUGGCGCCGCAGUAUGUUAUCAUCGCGGUGGGAGACUGCUUCACGCUGGUGGGGCUGCAGGAGUAUUUCUACGAUCAAGUGCCGGAUUCGAUGAGGAGUUUAGGCAUUGCUUUCUACCUGAGUGUGUUGGGGGCGUCCAGCUUCCUUAGCGGCCUCUUGAUCACUGUGGUGGAUGGUGUCACGGCGAGGAGCUGGUUCGGGAAGGACCUAAACGCUAGUCGCCUCGACUAUUUCUACUGGCUCCUCGCCGGGAUCACCGCCGGGAAUCUCUUCAUCUAUUCCUUUGUUGCACAGAGCUACUCUUACAAGAAUGCAAGGAAGACAACCCUCGUUGUUGCUGAUUGCUACCAACCUCAUCCAAUGCCUUAGUAGAAUCUCAUCUUGAAAAUCUAUACUUAUUUUACAAAAUUUGAUUUGCCUAUUAUAUCCCUCAUAUAUAUACUUAAUUUAAAGUUAAUUGUGUACUAUAUUAUACAUAUAAUAUAUCUAUAAAUAUAUUAUGGUUUAUCCUUUA